CCAACCCCCAUUCCCCCCCCAGCCCCGUUUCCCCGCGCAGGAUACGGAGCCGUUGUCGCCCAGCACCUGCAGGACGAGGCUGACGGAGGAGCGCGGGUGCAGCCCCCCCAGCAGCACGGCCUCGCACGUUUGCCUCAGGAGCUGCUCCCGGCUGCGCUCCAGCACCCCUGCAACAGCGGCGGCAAACGGGGCUCCAGCGCCGCCCGCAGCGGCCCCGAGCCGCGCUCCCGGCGGCGGCACGUACCCGGCAGCCCCACUUUAGGCCGCAGCAGCACCUCCAGCGCCGCCCGCUCCGGCAGCUCCCGGCUCGCCUUCGCCUCCGCGGGGCCGUACAGCGCGGCCAGCACCGAGGUGUCGCCUGCGGGAGGGAGCGAGGCGGUGAGGCGCGGCGGAGGGCGCCGGGACCCGGCGGAGGGCGCCGGGGGAGGGCCCCGCACCCUGCAAGAAGGCGGCGGAGCCGUCGGGCCGCGAUAACAGGCCCAGCUCGCAGGAGAAGGGCCGCAAACAGCAUCCACUGCCCGCCGCCAUCUUCGCCGCCUCCUCCUCCUUCUCCUUCCCCUUCAACACCGCUCCCGCCCAUUGGCCGCGCGCCCCUUGGCGCGCAGCACCGCGCUCGCCCAUUGGCCUCGCCUUCCCGCCACGCCUCGCCAGGGCCUCGCCCACGAAGCCCGCACGCAAGAUGGCGGCCGCGGCGGCGCUGAGGGCGCUGCGCGCGCGGCUGGCGGGCCCGCGGGGCGCGGGAGCGCGCUUCAGCUCCGCGGGCUUCCCGGAGGAGAAGCCGCAGUUCCCGGGCGCCUCGGCCGAGUUUGUGGACCGGCUGGAAUUCAUCCAGCCCAACGUGAUCUCCGGGAUCCCCGUGUACCGCGUCAUGGACCGGCAGGGCCAGAUCCUGCGCGAGAGCGAGGACCCCCAGCUGCCCAAGGAGCUGGUGCUGAAGCUCUACAGGACCAUGACCCUGCUGAACACCAUGGACCGCAUCCUGUACGAGUCCCAGCGCCAGGGCCGCAUCUCCUUCUACAUGACCAACUACGGGGAGGAGGGGACGCACGUGGGCAGCGCGGCCGCGCUCGACGACACCGACCUGGUGUUCGGGCAGUACCGGGAGGCGGGGGUGCUGAUGUACCGGGGGUACCCGCUGGAUCUCUUCAUGGCUCAGUGCUACGGGAACAGCCGGGAUCCCGGGAAGGGCCGGCAGAUGCCGGUGCACUACGGCUGCCGCCAGAGGCACUUUGUCACCAUCUCGUCGCCGUUGGCCACCCAGAUCCCGCAAGCCGUGGGAGCUGCCUACGCCAUCAAGCGCGCGGACGCCAACCGCGCCGUCGUCUGCUACUUCGGGGAGGGGGCGGCCAGCGAGGGCGACGCUCACGCCGGCUUCAACUUCGCCGCCACGCUCGAGUGCCCCAUCGUCUUCUUCUGCCGCAACAACGGCUACGCCAUCUCCACCCCCACCGCCGAGCAGUACCGCGGCGACGGCAUCGCGGCGCGGGGCCCGGGCUACGGGCUGCUGUCCAUCCGCGUGGACGGGAACGACGUCUUCGCCGUGUACAAGGUGACGCGGGAGGCGCGGCGCCGCGCCGUGGCCGAGAACCGGCCCGUGCUCAUCGAGGCCAUGACCUACAGGAUCGGGCACCACAGCACCAGUGACGACAGCUCCGCGUACCGCUCGGUGGACGAGGUGAACUACUGGGACAAGCAGGAUCACCCCAUCUCCCGCCUCCGGCACUACAUGCUCCGCAGGGGCUGGUGGGAUGACGAGCAGGAGAAGGGCUGGCGCAAGAGCUCCCGCAGGAUGGUGCUGGAGUCGUUCAGCGCCGCCGAGCGGCUGCCGAAGCCGGCCCCGCAGCUCCUCUUCUCCGACGUGUACCGGGAGCUGCCGCCGCACCUGCGGCGCCAGCGGGGGGCGCUGCAGCAGCACCUGCGCCGCUACGGCCAGCACUACCCGCUGGAGCUGUUCGACACCGGGGGGGACCCCCAAAACCCGGGCCCGGAGCCCCCCCAAAUAUAGCCCUGAACACACCCCCCGGAGCUGCAGUGAGCCCGCCCAGCGCUGCCCCAUGGAGCUGCUCAGCCGGGUGGGACAGUCCAAGUACAGCCCUGGGGGGGGGGACACCCCCAAACGCCAUCGAUGGAGCCGGUGGGACUGAGACACCCCCCCCAGCAACAGGGAAGGGGAUUGAUGGCAAAAAAAGGAUGAUUGGGAAGGAAAAAGUGGGAUUAAGUGCAAUAAAGGGCGGGAUAAUGGUGGAAAA